UUGCGGGCUUUUUGUCAACAUGGAGGAGGAAAUGAAAGUCGAGGUGAGGAAGCUAGUGUGAUACUUUGUUCUGUUUCCCGGCUUCAGGAAAAUAUCAAGAUGAGGCCGCCUCCAGUAGUGACUGGCAUCUCUCCUGCAGAAGGUCCACCUGGAACUAAGGUGAUCAUUCGUGGAGAACACCUCGGCGUCAACGCGAAAGAUGUGACAGGUCUGACUAUUUGUGGGGCCAACUGUCUGCUGUCAGCUGACUACAAGUCAGCCAGUAAGAUCAUAGCACGCACUGGACAGGCUCCACAAGGGAAGGGAGAUGUGAUAGUCACAACACGAUCAGGAGGACAAGGAAGCUGUACUGUACAGUUUAAAAGUGUCAUGGAAGUCCCAGAUCCUUUGAAAGAGAGUGCUGUUUGGUUGGAAGAAAUAGACCCAGAAGAAUUAAGAGCACGGUCUGGUUCCACAAGACCUGUAUCACCACAGAUAAAUACCAACCAAGAUCCCCUGGGAACAGGUCUUGAUAUAGUUAGCAGUAAAUUUACAGAGGAACAACUUGAAGAGUUUUAUCCCGAAGGAAGUGGAAUAAUCCUCAAUGAAAACUUUAUUCCUGGAUGGUUUUUAAUGGGGAGUCACUCAGACACUGAAUUUAAUACUCUAACAGCUGGUCUUAAAUAUCUGAGACAUGAGGAGUCGAGAAGAGCCACUGGUCCACUGGCAUUUGUCAAAGAGAAUGUUGGAACAUUUCUUGAUGCUGUUGAUACUCUCAGAUGUGUUCAACAUGAUAUGCUGCGGGAUGAAAGCACGUGUGAUGGUGGAUCCAUUGUUGAGAAACUGGAGUCUUUUGUACAAGGUGCCAGCAAAAAUGCAGAGGGCUUGUUUCAAGAUGUGCUGGGUCGCAAAGACGAUGCCGACAGAACAAGAAAUGCUCUCAAUGUUCUACAGAGAUUCAGAUUUCUAUUUAGUCUGCCGCAAUGCAUCGAGAGAAACAUUCAGCAGGGUGAUUAUGAGAUGGUAAUUAGUGAUUAUGGAAGAGCCAAAUCAUUGUUUGCUGGAACAGACAUUAAAAUUUUCAAAAGAGUUUUGCAGGAAGUUGAAGCCAAAAUAGAGAGUUUUCGUCAACAUCUUAAACUGAAACUUGCUGAUUUACCGUCACCACCAGAAGAACAAAAGAGACUCAUAAGAUAUUUAGUGGACUUAGACUACCAAGGGGACCCUGCUUGGGAAUGUCUUGUCCUACAGAAGGAUUGGUUACUCAAGCUCAUGACCACCUGCCAAGAAGAUCACAAAUCUAAAGACUCUGUUCCUCUGCUUCAAGUUGAUUCUUCAAAGACAGAGCUAGACAUCAGAGCAUCAAGAAGUGUGAACGCACUGGGAUCUUAUCAUAGUGAAUCUCUGGGAAUUCUUGGAGUCCCUCCAGCACUAAACAAGACAACAUCUUUAGAAAGAAACAUAAAAAGUGGUACUUCAGUGCCGCAGCGAGUGGUGUUUGUUGAAGAAUUAUCAGAGCUGUUGACUGAGGCUUUACCAGACUUGUGGAAACUGGGCCAAGCUUACUUCAGUGAAACUCUGAUUGGAGAUUCCAGUGGGUCAAAGCAACUGAAGCCUACAGCACAAAAGCAGAAAUCUUUUGAGGAAAUGAUACAUGAUGUUACAUCAUUGUACGCAGAUCUGGUAAAAGCAGCAUUUUUUCCAAGUUCUCCUGCUGUCCUUAAUGUUCCUGCCAAAGAGAAACAAGGAUCUUGGCAUUCACCUGUGGAGGGGAUGGGUGCAUGGCUUCCAUCCUGUGUCAGAUAUGUCAGAUCUUGCUUGGAGUCCCUACAAAGGUUAACUCUUCCUCCUCAAGCUUUAGAUGCCAUUAAAAAGCUGGUUGGAGACCUGCGUAUGCUCUGUGCUAAAGAAGUGUUUAAAGAAGCCACUGAAGAUAUCAAAUCACUACACUGCAGUGAGUUCUGGAGCUUGGAGCUGCAUGAAAAUGUUGGUCGGAUCACAAGCUUGCCUCUAAUGUUUGAAAACAUUGUCAUGGAAACGCUCCAUACACUACGAGAAAUGGCUCUGAGUGGAGAGACAGAUAAAAGGAAGAAUAUACAGCUGAAAACAGAUGCAGUGGAUCUUUUCAAGGAGAUGUUCCAGGCAUUUAUCAAAUGUCUUCACCAUUUGGCAUUUCAACCAGAUCAGGAGUCAGACAAAGUUUCUUUGUCUAGCCCUAAAGGCAGUACUGGAAGUGAAUCUCAAGAGAAUUUGGAAAGAUCAUCUUUGUCUACGGAAGACAAUACACCAGAUGUGGAUGAAAGGUUGUUGAUUGUACUGAAUAACUGUCGAUAUGUGAGAAACAGUGUUCUUCCAAAACUGGUGGACAGCUUUAGAAAUAAUGACUAUCCUAUCAGUGACAAGCUUAAAAAGGAUCUCACCAGUGAAGUAUGUGACUUGGAAAAUAAAAUCUUCAAGGAAUACAUUGAUCAGAAAGCUGAGCCACUGUUGACACAUGUGGAGUCUGGGAUGACAAUAGGUGACUUUAAAUGGCACAACUGUCUUCCUCCAAAAGAUGUGCGCAGCUAUGUUAAAGAUGUUAUAAUGAGCUUGGUUACUGUACAUGCCCAGGUGUUUGCUGUAUCCGAGGAACUUGUAAGUCAGGUGUUGUCCCGUUUGACUGACAUGUUGGCAGAUGAGUUCUGCAAGCUCAUAAGUGGGGUGAAAACAUUCACUUCAGCUGGAGCUGUUACUGCACAUUUGGAGGCACAAGCUAUUCAAGAAGCACUAGCAGCAUAUCUCUCGCAACAUGCUAGGGAUUCAUUCCAAGCAGCAUUCAGUAAGGUGCCCAGCAUUACUAAAGAUUCAGACAAGAGAUUAACAGAAGCAUUGAUGACAACUUUCAAACGGCGCAUGCGCUUCCAGCUGCUGUGUUUCCAGGUUGAUAUGGAGGAACUAUGACCACGUUGCAGUUCACAGUCUUCUUGUCUUCUAGAAGUUUGCAUAGAUUUUGUAAGGCAAAAGAAAAGAUUGGAACCUAGCGAGGCUUCCGCCUGUCCCCCUUACUCACUGAAAGGUAGAGGCUCAUAAAUGGCCCACAAUAUUUGGUUAAAUCUAGUUAAUCUUAAUGGCCCAGAUCAAUAACUCGAUCUUAAAAAUUGUAAAUUAACAUAGUGAUUGUUCAUCAAACGACAGCUUGAACAACCAUGGUUUCUUUGCUUAAUAUUGAGUAGUAAAUAUACGAGUAGUCAUACCAACAUGAAGGAGUCGUGUGUGCUAAUCCGUUGGGUUUCUGGCAUCAGUAUUAUAAUGGUCAAACAGGACCAUGUUUGAAAUAAAUCUUGGGUCAAAUACA